UGAUAGUAAUGAAUUAAAAUUUUCAGUGAAGAAUUUAAUUUGGUGAAAUAUUUUGUGAAGAUUAAAUGUUGAUAAGGAUGUGAGUGUGUAGUGAAUAAUUGUGACAGUUUUGUGUAAAUUAAUUUGGACUUUUUCAUCGUUUGUAUUAUCGUAUGUAAUUUCAGAGUUGAAUUUGAGGUUUAGCAGAUAUUCAAAUUUUAAGAAAGAAAAGUUAUUCCUGACAGAAAAUGCAUCGAUCAGUUUCAAGAUAUCCAAAACAGUUCCUAAAUUCUGACUAUCAUAUAACUAUGGAGAGAGGAAGAAUAACAGAGGAAGAUCAGCUGUCUCCAGUAGCCCUGGUAACCAGGGAUGCCAGCCUGCUACAACUACCAUCACUCCAGUGGUAUCAAUACGACAGGUUGCCUGACUCUGUCUAUGCUAAAAACACUGGCUUUACUGUAUUAAUCCAGGCCUCAUUCAAGGACAAGAUACCACAGUUGAGUUCUGGGCCUCUCUUGGGUCAAUAUAAUUUUUCGCAUGUUCACUUUCAUUGGGGCCAACACAACAAGACCGGCAGUGGCCACUCUGUCGAUGGCAUAAGAUUUCCAUUGGAAAUGCAUGUAGUACACGUUAAAAAGAACUGUACCAACUUGGGUGAAACAAGCGGGGUAAAGGAUGGAAUUGCCAUUGCAGUUCAUCUUUUUUCAUUGAGUGAAGAACGCAACACUAGCCUGGAUCAGCUGACAGCUGUGUUACAGUUUAUCAAGAAGUCCGGUUGUUGCGCAACACUCUUUCCCUCAUCUCUUGCUGAGAUAGUUCGUCCGUUCAGUCAGGACUAUUUUUCUUACCGAGGAGCAGUUCCAGGAUCGUUUUCUCAGCAGUACCGCAUCGUGUGGCUUGUCAGUAGACAAACAUUGCCUGUAUCAUCUCAACAGCUAGAACAAUUUCGAAACCUCCAAGAUGCAGAAGGAAAUUUCAUUAGGUCCAACUCUAGCAAACCUCAUCCAUUAGCUGAUAGAAAACUAUAUUUGAUUUCACCCUCUGAAAAAGUGGAACAGAUAAUUUCCUCUAGACCAGCUGAGGGCGUCAUAAUAUCCCUGUCAGAAGAGUUGAUUGAAAUACAAGACGCAGAGUUCAAGUCGCUUGUAGCGUUGAGGGAUGGUGAAGUUCGGAGUUGUGCAAUUUGUCCUCAUCCGAAUCAUGUUAGACAUCAGGCAAAGAAACAUGUGAGUUAUCCUGAUAGGAUUGUUGAAGGUGAUACUUCUGUUGAGGAAUCUUGUGUUGAUUUAGGAGCAUUGAACGAAUCUGGGUUUGAACAUAACUACAAUGAUGAACAAUCUAAAUUUGUUUUUGGGACAAAAGGUGACUCUUACAAUCUUGAUUUUAGACCUCAGGAUCCUGUAAUCUCAGCUGAGAAAAUAGCUUAUUUAGGUAACAAUCUAGUUGUGAGAAAAAGUGAUCCAUCCACGGAGCAAGCUUGUGUGUUGCUGACUAAAUCAGCUGAUAGUACUCCACCACAAACUACAUGUGGUUACUUGGGGGCAACCAAAGAGUGUACAGAUGUUUCUCGCCCAAAUAAAACUAAUAAAAGUUCUGGAAUGAUAGUUUGUAAUAAGAAUUUAGAAUCUUUAGGAGUUGAUUGUGAAGAUUAUGUAAAGUCUGAGGUGUUUAACAACACAGCAUUUGCUAAAAAAGAACCCCCUGUUGUAUUAAGCAGUUUCAGGGAUGCUAAAGACAAAAGCUUAAAAAAUAUAUUGCAUCCUCAAGAAUCAAACACAGAAUCAACACUAUUUAAGAAAAGUCUACGAAAAGAAGGAAAAAUUACAGGGUCUGAUUCAGAUGACAAUAAAUGUGAUAAAAGUGAGCUCUUUAACAAUGCACAGCAGUCCAAAUAUUUUCUUGUUAAGCAAGAGACAGAACUAAGGAAACCAUAUUAUAAGGUAAUUGGUGAAUUUUAUAUGACACCAGGAUCAAAAAGGAUGUUUAUGAAGCAAGCUUGGCAACCUUCUGAAGAGCAUAUGACUGAGACAAGUGGUGAAUACAAACCAGAGGAUCCAAACAGUAAACCUAAUGAAAAAGAUGCAGUUGAUAACAAAUUCAUGCUUUCUUUCCCAACCCCCUCAGAACAUGUAGCCCUAAUUGGAAAUAAUACAGAUGAAGAUCAGAGUAUAAAUAUCAAUAAAAAUAACAGCUGCAAUAGACUAAAAUUAAAUUCAAAAGACAAGGUAGUUUUGGACAAGAGCCUUUUGUCCAACCAAGACGACGUGAAAGAGGAAACUCCUAAAAAGUAUUAUGUUACAAGAAUAACUCCAAUUAAAUCAGGAAAUUGUGAAGAAUUGGAACAGAAAAAUUUAUUUUAUGCAAGACUAUUAUCAAACCGUGAGUUCAAUGAGCCACAAAAUAAUGCUAACAAACCCAAAGACAAUCUUCCCAAAACACUUUGUCCUAAAGAUUACAUGGAAAACCUGGAUUCACAAUUGGCUAGAUAUAUUUGGAUUAAUAAUGCUACCCACUUUAAUUCAAAGUCUUCCUCUAAAUCAACAUUAAUGGUACCUAAAAGUCAAGAAUCCAUACCUUAUCAUGUUAGAUGUGAUGUGGGACCAGAUGCAUCCGGCAAUUCAUCCAGCAAAAACCACAAAGAAAGCAAUAAUAACACUACUAGCAUACAUGGUGAUUUAAAUACCAGUCAGCUAAACAGCUCAAAGAGAAAUAACAAAAUAAAGCUUGCUAUAUCCUUCAGGAGUCAUAAAGGAAGGCCUGAUCUUAAUGCACAGGAACAAAUUAUUAAGUUAGAUCAAAACAAGUGUAAAACAAAUCAUAAUACUGCUAACAGCGAUUUUGGAAUCAGUAAUGGAGAUAAUUUUCCAGAAGAGGUGGAGGAAAACACAGUUUAUAAGUCAGGACAAACAAAAAAAAUCACAAUUAAAGUUAAUACUCCAACUUAUAGAUUACAACAUCAGCCUCCGAACAUUAACAACCAAGCAAGUUCUCAUCAUCUUGUAACCAUAAAGAAAGUUGAGAAUCCAGAUCCAUUCUUCUUGAGAAGAACGCCUAAACAACCAAUGGUUGAGUAUGAAGUUCUUCCAACGGGAUUUCAUCAUCAAGUCAAAGAUGAAAUAUUGACAGAGGAAAAAACAAUCAUAACAUAUACAGUGACAAAGAAAAGUAAUAAAUAUAUAACCCUUGAUAUUGAUCAACCAAAAGAGUCUUUACGUGAUAAAGUAAAUCAAGUCAGUGAAGUAAAAAAGAACAAUAUUAGUGUGCAUCAACCAAAACAAAGCUUUGCCAAAGAAGAUGAAAAGUGCAAUAAUCCUAUUGCCACAAAUGAGUUCAAAGAGGCAAAUCAAUUAAGGAUUGUGUUAUUAUCAAAUCAACUAGAACAUGGUAAAAACCAGUCAAAUGACUUGAAUCAGAGUGUUGGAAAAACAAUUACUGAAGGUGAUGGUGAGGAUACACAUGGCCUAAGGAGAGAAAAAGAAGUAGUGGACAAAAACAAAGAUGGACGAGUCACAACAAAAUAUGUUGAUACCACUACAUCAAAUCCGUCAUCAUUGUCCACAUUUACUCCUCAUCAAUUGCAAAACCAACGACCAAAAGUUCUUAGUGACAUUGAUACUCAGGAAGAGCCAACAAAAGAUCCUGGAGUAGACAGUUUUAUAAAAGAAAUUAUUGUAAAUGAUAUGAGUAAAGAAGGGGAUAUUAAGAAAGUGCAUGUUACAGAUAGAAGCCCUGGUUGUAGCAUGGAGCAAAUUGUAUCUUCAAAACUAAUGAAGAAAAAAUCAAACCUGACUAAUCCAGAUGAGGCUAUGGGUUAUGCAUACCAGCCCCAGACUGACACUAGAUUAGUUGACGAAGAUACUUUUUUGAGUACAAUGGUAGACAGUAAAGUAGAAAAUAAAAACGAAGAAGUUAAAAAGUCGGAAGGGUUUAUCAUGACUGCAAAAGAAUCUAAUAAGCUGAGGUUGGAUAAAAGUGAAAACAUGAACACACCCACGAGCAAUAGUGAGGAAUUGAUAUCUCAUGACUAUGGUGAUGAAGAAGCAGCAGGCUCUUUUUGUGAUGUAACCUUCAAAAGUAGGACCAAAUUGAAACUGCCAAAUUCUCAAAAGGUUGAAUUGAAGUCUCUUGCUGAAGUCAGAUUCAAACCCUAUAGUAAAUCAGUGAUUAGCAAUCCAAACCGAUCUGAAGCCAAAUCUUUUACCAAAGCUGCGAACAAUCAAAUCACAACAAAGGAUAAGUUUUGUUCCACAACUGGUUUAAGAGAUGAUUAUGAGCCAACUGCAUCAGCAGAAUCGAGUGUGAAAGAAGAGGACGAACCAGUACACACAAAUAUAAACUUUUCUCCAGUUGCGUUCACAAAAGAUCAAACGGUGGUUACAAUUCUGCCUCACAUUCAAUUUGUAGACCAUUGGAAUAGAAAUGGCGAUGAAUAUGCAAUUUUGGAGAACAAUGGGAAAAAUGUGGUAGCCACCCUCCCUGAGGACACAACGCCGUGGCCUUGUUUACGAGGUGGAUCACUGGUUGAUGAUUACAUGUUUGCCGAACUUCACUUCCAUUGGGGACAUAAAGACUGCUGUGGUGCUGAGCACAUCAUUGACAAACAAAGACACACUAUGGAAGCUCAUUUUUUGUAUAUUAAAAAAGAAUACAAUUCUUUGACAGAGGCUCUGGCUCAAGAAGAUGGAUUGGUGAUUGUGGCUGUCCAGUUAAAGGUAGGUGGUCCACCUCACACUAUGUUGGAUCACCUGAUUAAGGGCCUUUUAUCAAUCAAGGAGGCAGGACAAAAAGAAAAGGUUCCUGUGGAGUCUUUAUUUUCCUGGAUAAACAAAACCGUAGAAGAGGCCAAAGGAUACUUUUCAUACAAGAGUACGAUGACUUCAGAACCACCCUAUGUAGAAGCUGUUACUUGGAUCAUAUUUGAGCAAGCAAUAAUUUUCUGCUGUCAACAGUCGCUCCAGUUUAGAAACCUCAUGUCACAGAAUGGAGAAAAACUGUUGAAGACAUGCAGACCAACUAAGCCUCUGAACAACCGAAAUAUAAACUAUGUGCCUUUGUAGUUUCUAUUAUUUUAUUAAAGACUGAUUAAAUAGUUGUGUAAUUUA